AUGGGGAGGAGGGACCCUGGACCCCAGGCCUCCCCUCCCACCGAGUUCGACUUCGACGACGAGCCCUCCCCCAACCCCUCCCUCAUCGACCGGCGCCGCGCCCAGGCCCCCAGCCGGGGCCAGAAGCGGGAGGCGCGGCUGGACAAGGUCCUGUCGGACAUGAAGCGCCACAAGAGGCUGGAGGAGCAGAUCCUGCGCACGGGGCAGGACCUGUUCCCACCCCAGGACGGGGAGGACGCGGCCCCCAAGAGACCCCCGGGCUUCCUCCUGCGCCAGCGCAAGUACUGACACCGGAAACACCCAGAAACACCCCAAAAUGGGCUCGUUUGGGCCCAAAAAACACCCCGAAAUGGCCUCGUUUCACCCAAAAAAGACCCCGAAAUGGC